AUGCCUGGAUGGUUCAAAAAGGUUUGGUAUGGGAUGGCAUCUCUACUCAGUUUCUCUUCCUUCCUUCUGAUCAUUGUCGCCUUAUCUCUGCCUCAUUGGUUGAGCGGGAAAAUCUUGUGUCAGACUGGAGUGGAUUUGGUCAAUGCCACAGACCCGGAACUGGUCAAAUUCAUCGGGGACAUUUACUACGGGCUCUUCCGAGGCUGCAAGGUGCGGCAAUGUGGACUUGGGGGCCGCCAGUCCCAGUUUACAAUCUUCCCACAUCUGGUAAAGGAGCUCAACGCGGGCCUCCAUGUCACAAUUCUCUCGCUCCUCUUCCUGGCCCUGGCCCUGGCUCUCGUCAGCACGGGCUUUGCAAUUCUCAACAUCAUUCAGGUCCCCUACAGAGCAGUCAAUGGCCCUGGUGGCAUCUGCCUUUGGAAUGUCCUUGCAGGUGGAGUCGUGGCUCUAGCCAUCAGCAGUUUCAUGGCUGCGGUGAAAUUUCAUGACCUGACAGAAAGGAUUGCCAACUUCCAGGAGAGGCUCUUUCAGUUUGUAGUGGUAGAAGAACAGUAUGAAGAAUCAUUUUGGAUCUGUGUGGCAAGUGCCUCAGCCCACGCAGCAAACUUGGUUGUGGUGGCAAUCAGUCAAAUUCCCCUCCCAGAAAUCAAGACUAAAAUGGAAGAGGCCACAGUUACCCCGGAGGACAUCUUAUACUGA